UGGUCGGCUCGGGCACCCAACGACUUCAACCUGCGGGACUUCAACGUCGGAGACUACAUCCAGGCCGUGCUGGACAGAAACCUGGCGGAGAACAUAUCCCGUGUCCUUUACCCCAACGACAACUUCUUUGAGGGGAAGGAGCUGCGGCUGAAGCAGGAGUACUUCGUCGUGGCUGCCACCCUCCAGGACAUCAUACGCCGCUUCAAAGCAUCCAAAUACGGGAGCACGGACAGUGUCCGAACCAUGUUUGAUUCCUUCCCCGACCAGGUCGCCAUCCAGCUGAACGACACACACCCCGCCAUGGCCAUCCCUGAGCUGAUGAGGAUUUUUGUGGACAUCGAGAAGCUGCCGUGGAACAAGGCCUGGGACAUCACCAAGAGGACUUUCGCCUACACCAACCACACGGUGCUCCCCGAAGCCCUGGAGCGCUGGCCGGUGGACCUGGUGGAGAAGCUGCUCCCCAGACACCUGCAGAUCAUCUACGAGAUCAACCAGAGACACCUGGAUCACAUCGCAACCCUCUUCCCUGACGACGUGGACCGGCUGCGGAGGAUGUCCCUGAUAGAGGAAGGAGGCACCAAGAGGAUCAACAUGGCCCAUCUCUGCAUCGUCGGCUCCCACGCUGUCAACGGCGUGGCGAAGAUCCACUCCGAAAUAGUCAAGACCCAAGUCUUCAAGGACUUUGCGGCGCUGGAGCCGGAGAAGUUUCAGAACAAGACCAACGGCAUCACCCCGCGUCGCUGGCUGCUGCUCUGCAACCCGGGGCUGGCGGAGCUCAUCGCGGAGAAAAUAGGAGAGGACUACGUGCGGGACCUGAGCCAGCUGACAAAGCUGCACGAGUUCGUGGACAAUGACCUCUUCAUCCGGGAGGUUGCCAAAGUGAAGCAGGAGAACAAGGUGAAGUUUGCGCAGUACCUGGAGAAGGAGUACAAAGUGAAGAUCAACCCUUCCUCCAUGUUUGAUGUGCACGUGAAGAGGAUCCACGAGUACAAGCGGCAGUUGAUGAACUGCCUGCACGUCAUCACCAUGUACAACCGCAUCCGGAGGGAUCCUGCGAAGCUGUCUGUGCCGAGGACAGUGAUCAUUGGGGGCAAGGCUGCCCCAGGAUAUCACAUGGCUAAAAUGAUCAUCAAGCUCAUUAACGCUGUGGCUCAGGUGGUCAACAACGAUCCUGUUGUGGGGAGCAAGCUGAAGGUCAUCUUCCUGGAGAACUACAGGGUCUCACUGGCAGAGAAAGUGAUCCCUGCUACCGACCUGUCGGAGCAAAUCUCCACGGCGGGCACCGAGGCGUCGGGUACAGGGAACAUGAAGUUCAUGCUGAACGGGGCUCUGACCAUCGGCACCAUGGAUGGAGCCAACGUGGAAAUGGCUGAGGAGGCUGGAGAGGAAAACCUGUUCAUCUUCGGCAUGAGGGUGGAGGAUGUCACGGAGCUGGACAGGGAAGGGUACAACGCCCAGGAGUACUACGACCGGCUCCCCGAGUUGAAGCAAGCCAUUGACCAGAUCAAGAGCGGCUUCUUCUCCCCAGAUGAGCCUGACCUCUUCAAAGACGUGGUCAACAUGCUCUUCCACCACGACCGGUUUAAAGUUUUUGCAGACUACGAGGCUUACGUCAAAUGCCAGGAGAAGGUCAGCGAGCUGUACCUGAACUCCAAGGCAUGGACCAAGAUGGUCAUCAGGAACAUCGCGGCAGCCGGCAAGUUCUCCAGCGACCGCACCAUCAAGGAGUACGCCCGGGACAUCUGGCACGUGGAGCCCUCCGACCUGAAGAUCCCCCCACCCAAUGAGCCCCGGGACGCGGUCGAGGACAAGACCCCCAACGGCACGGCAGCGUAGGGACACGGAGCUGCUGGGGGACGCGAGCACGCGUGCUGCAAAAUUGUCUCUGCUGUCUAGUCUCUGUGUUGUUGCUGCCUUUCCUACGGACGGGGAAGGGGGGGGAAUUUUUAUAACGUAACUGUCGUGCGGAAAGCGAAACCAUGUCACCCCGUUGCUUGCAUAGGUGCUAAAAAUAAAAGUGCC